CAUGUUUUAAAAACGUUCUGAGGUUGAGAUGUAUUGCGUGUGUGUUUAAUUAUUUUUAAGGAAAAAGUAUAUUGCCAUACUAGCCGGAACGUGUUUACAUCAAGGUCUGUCAGAUGAUUAUUUUUAAUUCCGCUAGAUGACUCUGAACUUAAACUCCAUGUUCUGCUUUUUGUGACUGUAGAUAGUUCGUAGUUUCGCGCGUCCAUCGCGUGAGGUCAUCAAGAUCGACUCCAGAGGUUGUCACUCCUAUCUCUACACAAGUGAUUAUCAAUCUAGUUCAAUCGAGCUCGAAAUAUGGCCAAAACGAAAACGAUCAGCAAAGGGUGUCCUAAAUGCGAACAACAGGUACCUGUUGCCUGCAAAGCUUGUCCAUGUGGCCAUUCCUUUUUUAAUGCACGACGUAGUUCUAUCAAAAGUCCACCAAGUCCUGACAAUGGGGUGAUGAAAACCAGGAGAACAAAUCGUAUUAAACGUGAGAAACCAAAUUAUUACGAUGCUUUGGAGUAUGAUAAGCAAAUGAAGAAAAGUGCUAAGAUUAGACGAACUACAGACACAGCAAAUGACAUUGACUGUCGGCAGUUAAACAAAAAGAAAAAAAGAAAGGGAAAGAGCAAAGGUAAGAAUGGCAGCAACAGCGGCGUUGGUGACGACGAUGACGAAAUGGAUGGGAUAAAUGGAUUAUCUCCGGAAAAACAACUCACAUGUUCUCUCAUAUUGCAAGAAUUGAACAACAAAAUGAAACAAGUAGCUUGGAAGCCUACAUGAAGUCUACAGUAAAUGUAGAUAAAUGGGUAUCUUUUCUAAAGAGUCUGACGAUUGUCAAUCAGACAUGAUUACGUUAAUAAGGCGCAAACAAAAAAAAGUCUAUAAACCUGACAUUACAACUGGUUUCAGUCAUCGCAUAGAAAAUGAUCGACUGCCAUUAAAAAGUUCUUUGUGCAAUACUUUCUAUAUGUCACAGUAUUCUUAUAUCUAAUUGUGAUCAAAGAAUGUGAUGCUAUAUCAAUAAUAUCAUUCUGUAUAAAAGUAGAUGUAGAAUUAUAAUUUCAAAUUAGUUUGCAUAUAAAAUUUGAAUGCUAUUCUCACAAUUAGUAUUAAGUAUGGAAACUAUCAUUAAAAAAUCUAUUAUCUCUAUUUAUUAAAUUGCCAUAUUUAACGAAUGCAAUGCAAACAGAGACUUUACAGAUUAACGAACAAAACUUUUAGCAGUAGUCUUAAUCUAUUUUUUAAGAUUAAAUUAUAGUG